AUGCGUCUUUCAUUGUUUUUUUUUUAUGCCAAUCACAGUGAAGCUUACUUUGCACCUCAACAUUCUCCUUUUAUUCUGGUUUGCUAUAAGUUGUUUUGGCUUUGUUUUCGAUCCAUUUUCUAUCUAUCUAUCUAUUUAUCUAUCUAUCUAUCUAUCUAUCUAUCUAUGCAUCAUUUUUUUCUUUCUUUACCUUGGUUUGCUAUAAGUUGUUUUGGCUUUGUUUUCGAUCCAUUUUCUCUCUAUCUAUCUAUCUAUCUAUCUAUCUAUCUAUCUAUCUAUCUAUCUAUCUAUCUAUGCACCCUUUUUUCUUUCUUUACCUUGGUUUGCUAUAAGUCGUUUUGGCUUUGUUUUCGAUCCAUUUUCUAUCUAUCUAUCUAUCUAUCUAUCUAUCUAUCUAUCUAUCUAUCUAUCUAUGAAUCCUUUUUCUUUCUUUACCUUGCUCUAAAUUAUUUCUUUUUUUCCCCAACUUUUCUUAAUUUAUCGAUUUCUUUCUUUCUUUCUUUCUUUCUUUCUUUCUUUCUUUCUUUCUUUCUUUCUUUCUUUUCUUUCUUUCUUUCUUUCUUUUGGUUACCAGUUGUCUUCUUUUCCUCUUCUGUUCCUUUCUCUUUCUUUGUUUCUCCGUUGUUUUUCUUUCUUUCUUUCUUUCUUUCUUUCUUUCUUUCUUUCUUUCUUUCUUUCUUUCUUUCUUUCUUUCUCCAGUCUUUUCUUUCUUUCUUUCUUUCUUUCUUUCUUUCUUUCUUUCUUUUCUACUUCUCUUUAGGUUUUAAAUUCUUUUCUACGAUUCCUUUAAUCUGCUUCCUUUCCUUCCAUCUCGUUUCUUUCCUUCCAGAAUUUCUACCCUUUUUCUAUUCAUUUCUCCUGAUUCCAUGUGAACGAAGCACGUUACCACAAAGUGUGGAAUUCCUCACCUCUUCAGAGAUUCGCUAA